ACUCUCCUUUUCUUCCCCCCUCUUCCAUUUUCCCACACUCCAUGAAACUUUUUCAAAGAACCCCAAAACUCACCAACGACGACGCAAAGAGCGGAGCAAGUCUGCAAGUGUCGCAUCUGAGAAUGAUACGGAGAACACUGACUUUAACGAGGACAGAUAUGCCAGAAAUUGUUGUCGACGUCCAAUGAGUUUCAAAUGCUUAUCCUUUUCAAAAUUCAAGAGAAGCAAAAAAAGAGGAUCAAAAAGGCCCAUGAACUUAACAAUAAGCCCAAACCCUUAGAGCCAUUGGAUCACCCAACCUAUAUAAAAGUCAACAAUUUACAUCAUCAGAACGACGCCGCUCCAAGCUUAUUAGGCUCGAAGAUUGGGAUAUUUUUCUCUGGCUAGGGUUUUGGGAAUAUAAAAUUAGGGUUUUAGGUUUCUGUGCGGAAGAGGGCUUUUCUUCUGGGGCUUUCGAUUCAGAAUGGAAAACGAUCGGGCGAAGCUGUUCGUCGGGGGAAUUUCGCGGGAGACGAGCGAAGAUUCAUUGAAGGAGUAUUUCGGCAAGUACGGGACGGUUUUGGAAUCGGUGAUUGCCAAGGACAGGAUUACCAAAAGCCCUAGGGGCUUUGGAUUCGUGUGGUUCUCUGAUGCUUCUUCUGUUGAUAAAGCCCUCAAUGAUUCCCAUGUGAUUCUCGGAAGAACUGUUGAAGUGAAAAAAGCAAUUCCGAGAAGUGGCCCCAAGAAUCAGCAGCAAAGUAAUGGUCUAUGUGAGAGUAGCGGUAGUAACGACAGUAUCAAAAAUCAGAUUAGGACUAAGAAGAUUUUUGUUGGGGGUUUAUCAGCUAGUCUAACUGAGGAGGAGUUUAAGAAUUAUUUUGAACGCUUUGGUACUAUAACAGAUGUAGUGGUAAUGCAUGACAGCACAACUCACAGACCUAGGGGAUUUGGUUUUAUAACCUUUGCUUCAGAGGAUUCUGUUGAGAAUGUUGUGCGGAAUAGUUUUCACGAGUUGAAUGGUAGGCUUGUUGAGGUCAAGAGGGCUGUGCCGAAGGAGGAGAAUAACAGUAAUGGCAAUUACUAUAUGAAAAAUGGAGAUGGAAGAGGUUCACCUAAUAACAAUUAUCAUCCGGGAUUUUACCCUCCUUAUAGUCCUGGAUAUUGGGUUCCUCCUAGUUAUGCACCUUUUCCAGGUUAUAAUGCUUGGUAUCCUUUUGGAGGAUACGGUGGAGUUAGUAAUGGGUUUGCUCCAGUUUUUCCUGGUGAUGGCUCAAGGGCAUGUGUUUUUCCUUAUGGCGGUGCUUUCUUUUAUCCAACCUACAUGAAUGGUGCAGGUAGAGUUUUCGGUUUGGCAACAGGCGGUAACAAAGGAGUUGAGAGGCCAGGGUGAAUGGGAAGUCAAAUCAGGUUGUUGCGGGUGAUGGGGCGCCAAGGGAUAUCGUGUCUCAUCAAAUUGAAGUGGAUAAGGUGGAUGUUGAUUCUGUGAGGUUGAAAGGUUCCAACAGUGAUUCUUCUAACCAACAGAGUUGAAGAGGUUCUGAUGUUAAAUAUUUUCUAGAGUCAGUGUAAAAAAUUUCUGGUUAACUACCCUGAUGUCCGUUGUACAUGGGCACUGUGAAUUAGUACAUUCUUUGCCAAUGGAGUUAGGGAUGGUACAUUUUAACCGCUAGGAUCAUGUCUUCUUUUCUUUCCCCCACGUUUUUUUUUUUUUGUCUUUUUUCUUUUUUCGGCCCUUCCCUCUCCACAGUCCCACGACAAGGGGGAAAAAUUAAAGUGGGUCUUCUUUUUUUAUAUAAAUUUGAUUUUAGGUUGAAAAUUAAUGUGGGUCCUUGAGUCAUAAACAUGUUGUUUGCAUGCUCUUUAUCGUGGGGUUUAUGGAUUCGCAAGUACAGGAUUAAGAUCUCUCAUCUCUGUAAUAUAAUUGCACUGACAUUCAGUGACUUUAGGUUGUAGUCGAAGCAGUUGCAUUAUUGGUUUACUUCUUCUGCAAAUGAAAACUAGUUUAUCAACUCCUGCGCAGCCGUCUUCAUAAGCUUCCGAAGCUUUUAAAUCUGACUGUCCUGUCAGGUACGUUCUGUAGGUUGAUGGCGGUUGCAAGUGCAAUUUCUGUCUCUCUCCAAUCUCAUUUCCGUUACUGUCUGAUGGCUUUAGUCUUAACUAAUUUUCAUUUCUUACAUCGGUCUCGUCGUGCUCGUCCAAAUUUAUCUCUUUAUAAUAGUCUUACAGUAACUCUUUGGCUUUCAAUUUUGCGUUUAACCGUUUGAUGCCCUUUUGCUUAUGGGUGACUAGUUAUUUCAGAAUAUAGUAGUUUGGUUCGUGUCUCGCUAUGCACUUUUGAAUGUCGAUUGGCAUAUUUGUUGCGCCCUGCCUGCUCGGAAUACGUCAUUGAGCAGCGGCCGACCAGGUUUAACGCGCUAGCCAAAUGCAGUGCUCUUUUAUUGUCUAUACUGCUACUAUUUGAUUUGCCUUUGUAUAAAACAGGAGCAGCCUGUUUAUAUGUGCCACGGUGUUUUAGACAUGAUAUAUAGGAUCAGAGCAAUAUUUUGGAAACCAGAAAAGAAUUACUUCUGUUCUGUC